GGAAACAGGUAGUUUACGUUCGACCAAUCACGGUGAGCCAGGUGAAGAAGUGUCAAAUCUGACGUUUGUUUGUUUAUUUCGUACAAAAUAACGGGAAUACGAGCUAUUUUUUGUAAUUUAUGACAUAAAGUGUUGGUGAAAAUGUUUCACACGCGAUUUUUCUGUCUUGUUUUGUGUUUUUUAAGUGUGGUUUCAGUUAAUUUAGCGUGUAAGGGUUGCGUCGAACUUGACGAGUACAACUUUAAUAAAGUUUUGUCAAAAUUCAAAGCCGUUUUGGUUAAAUUUGAUAUCGCGUACCCUUACGGGGAGCAACACGACACUUUCAGUGAAGUUUCCAAGGAUAUUAGAAGCGUAAAUGAUUUAAUAUUCGCGCAAGUCGGCAUUAAAGAUUACGGGGAUAAAGAUAAUGAAGAGCUGGGGAAAAAAUAUGGUAUUCAAGGUAAAGAUGAUCUCCCCGCUUUAAGACUUUUUGUUGAUGGUAAAGAACCCAUAAGCCCACCUGAUGAUUUUAAAUGGAAUGAAGAAUAUUUUAAGGGGUUUUUGAGGGAUAAUACAGGGAUCUACAUUGGGUUGCAGGGCUGCCUAGAGGAAUUUGAUAAAUAUGCGCUAGAGUUUAUAAAGAGUAGCAAAAAGGAAGCCCUAUAUAAAAAAGCCUUAAAAGCAGCCGAUAAUUUAAAAACCGAGACUGAUAAGAAAACAGCAGUUAUAUACACAAAAUAUAUGAAUAAAGUAAUAGAAAAGGAUACCUCGUUUAUAAACCAGGAAAAUUUACGACUGAAUAAGUUAUUGAAAGAAGGAAAAAUAAAUGAAAAUAAAAAAACGGAAAUUGUUCAAAAAUUAAACAUUCUUAAAUCUUUCAAAUUACCCAAAGAUGAACUUUAAUAUUAUAAUACUUGGUUUUAUUAUUAUGUUGUUAUAAGUAUGAGAUUUUAUUUUGUUGAUUUUUUCCAUUUUUGUGUGUAAACAAUAUUUAUUAGAUUUUGCACCUUGUAUACAUUAUGUAUGAAGCAACUUUUUAAUAAAUGAGUGAUAAAACUU